UGUUGGAAGAUCAAGUACUGAUCAGCCGAUAAUGGAUCAGAGCGAUGAAGUUUCACUUGAUAUCAAUGAGAUAGCCAAUUCUUUGAGGGAGCAAUUGAAGAUCAAGAAGGCUUUCUCCCCGGCAUGCUGCAUCUAUAGAGUCCCCGAACCAUUGCGGGAGUUAAAUGAGAAGGCAUGUGCACCUCGAGUAGUCUCUAUAGGCCCAAUUCACCAUGGUAAAGAAAAUCUAAAAGCUAUGGAAGACCACAAAAUAAUGUACCUGCAACAAUUUCUUGAGCAGAGCAAGGUAAGUGUUGAGGAUUUAAUUAACAUUAUCAUGGAGAAUGAAACACAAUUACGUGAUUGUUACGCAGAGACCAUUGAUCUUAGAACGAAAGAAUUCGCAACAAUGAUCGUACUGGAUGCUGUCUUCAUUAUUAUGCUCUCACUGAACAUGAAGCACAUUUAUGAAACUAGACAUGAUCACAUUUUCUAUCGUCCAUGGAAGUUUUUUGACGUGAUGUGGGAUAUGUGCUUGCUUGAAAAUCAGCUUCCAUUCUUCAUCCUCGAGAAGUUGUUUGAGCUAACCAGCGUAGCUGCCAAUACUGAUAAUUGUACCCUUAUUGAGCUUACCUGUCUGUUAUUACAAAACAUAAUGCAUGAAUGGGUAAAAGAAGACAGUUGGAAAAAACUCAAUUCCUCUGAAGUCCUACAUUUCGUUGACUUUAUAAGAAAGUGUCAGCAGCCUACGGUGCAGAACCGUCAAGAGCGAGGAACAGGUAUUUUAAGAGCACCCACUGCGACGGAGCUCCAUCAAUCUGGAGUGAAGUUCAAGCAUCCAGAAAAAAGUUCACUAUUAGACGUAAGUUUCAGUAAUGGGAUUCUAGAAAUUCCACAGCUAACAAUACAUGGCCGUACAGAAAUCUUAUUCAGAAAUCUCCAGGCCUUUGAGCAAUGCCAUUGUAUAUCUGAGGAUAAGUUCGUAAAUGAAUAUAUUGCUUUCAUCAGCUGCCUCGGCAGUGCUCCUAAAGAUGUGGGACUACUUGCUCAUAAUGAGAAUUUGAAAUAUCUUGGAAACAGUGACCGAGCAGUGUCAAAUCUCAUUUUAAUUCUUCAAAAAGAAAGUGAUGUCAGUGUAGAUGGUUUUCUUUCCGGUGUCUGCGAAGAGCUGACUUUACAUUGCAGAAAGAGCAGGCACAAGUGGAAGGCAACCUUGAAGCAGGUUUAUUUUAACAAUCCAUGGACUGGCAUCUCUGUUGCUGCUGCUUCAUUUCUCCUUAUUCUUACUGUCAUACAGACGGUGUGCUCUAUCCUUCAAUUACGAUAAAUAUUUAAUCCCUUUGUACUGUUUUCCCCCCUUAUGAUUGUUGGUGGGAGGAACCACU